GUUUAAAGCGUUCCGGGUCCAGCCUGUCCGUACUCGCUUGGUGCUGCUGCUGCCGCGGAGGAGGAGCGACCAUGUCGGAGCAGGACUCUCUGAGGUGCUCCAGCGCCAGAAACCGCGGAGGCGUACAGAGGGUCGAAGGCAAACUACGAGCCAGUGUAGAAAAGGGGGAUUAUUAUGAAGCACAUCAGAUGUACAGGACUUUAUUUUUUAGGUACAUGUCACAGGGGAAACAUGCGGAGGCCAGGGAGCUGAUGUUUAACGGCGCUCUGCUCUUCUUCAGCUAUAACCAGCAAAACAGUGCAGCAGAUCUGUCCAUGCUGGUGCUGGAGGUUUUGGAGAAAUCUGAGACAAAAGUUGAAGAUGAAAUAUUAGAAAAUCUGGCUAAGCUGUUCAGCCUGAUGGACCAGAACUCUCCAGAGAGGGUAGCAUUUGUUUCCAGAGCCUUGAAAUGGUCCACAGGAGGGUCUGGAAAGUUGGGUCAUCCAAAACUACACCAACUGCUUGCUGUCACUUUGUGGAAAGAGCAAAACUACAGCGAGUCUCGUUAUCACUUCUUGCAUUCCUCUGACGGGGAGGGCUGUGCACACAUGUUGGUGGAGUAUUCAGCAUCACGAGGCUUCCGCAGUGAGGUUGACAUGUUUGUGGCGCAGGCCGUCCUACAGUUCCUCUGCUUAAAGAACAAAAACAGCGCUUCCGUGGUGUUCAGCACGUACACAGAGAAACACCCGUCCAUAGAGAGGGGCCCUCCUUUCGUGCAGCCUCUACUAAACUUUAUCUGGUUUCUGCUGCUGGCAGUGGACGGGGGUAAAUUAACAGUUUUCACAGUGUUAUGUGAGCAAUAUCAGCCUUCCUUGAAGAGGGAUCCCAUGUAUAAUGAGUAUCUCGACAGAAUAGGACAGCUUUUCUUUGGCGUUCCACCCAAACAGUCCCCAUCGUAUGGUGGACUACUAGGCAAUCUGCUGAACAGCCUGAUGGGUUCGGGCGAGGAGGAUGACGGGGCUGAAGAACCCCCGGAGGACAGCCCCAUAGAACUAGACUGAGCCUGCAGCCUGGGACGAGAAGAUCGAACAAACACACACACACACUCACACACAACACACACACAAAAAAAAGACGACCACACAGUCUGCCUCCUUCAACUCCACCAUGGGGUCAGGGCAAGGUGGUGGUUUAUGAUUUCAGAGGUGUGCCGUUUCACAGAAACGCCCUCCAUUUCUCAAAUCAAAAGUAUUGCACCGGCAGCAAAACAUCCCCGCCAGCACUGCCUGGCCUGACGAUGCCAAACUGCAAACUUCCUGUGUUGAAUUGUUUAUAUAAUAUUAUUUUAAUCAGCAUUUUUGUUCUUUGUUUAGGGGUGUAAGGUUUUUGAAGAAGACAUCACAAACUGUCCUCUGCCUGUGAAAAUCUGCUUCUAGGAGGUAGCUGAAUUGUCUCAGUGGAGAGGACAGCAUCACAAGUGUAACUCUUCUACAUAAUGUUGCAUAUAAAAGGGUUUUGUUAAUUCACAGCAGCUCUCCAACUGCCACGGUGUAGCUGCUGCUGGCAUUUUUCAACUACUUAUUCCGUUACAAGUCUCCUCCUUCUCCUCUCGGUAGUAAAUUAAAUUGUACUUUUAGUCAAGAUCACGUUUCAGCGUCUCAUCUUUGGUUUUAUGGACACGGGGGGGGCAAAAAAAGAUCUGAAGCUAAGCUAUUAGCAGAGGUCACGUUGCACCUUAUAUAUCAACCAAACAAAGUGUCAUUUCUGUUCGGUAACACUACUGCAAACACACAGCUGUCUGACAGCAAACGGCUCCACUGUAGUGGUUUAACUUUUUUUGCUGUCCACUGGCUGAACUGCUGCCGAGUUGCUCCAAGCACAGAUCUCCAAGAACGAUUCAAUGGCAAAACCUCCAGAUUUGACUUUUUGUUGCAGCUGCAAGAAGUCAAAUUGUGGCAACAUUUAAAGCACUUAAAAGUCUGCAAAGUGACCUUUUAUAAAAGGAGCGAAAUGAGACACUGUGAAAAUGUUUGUUUGUUAGACUUAAACCUGCAUUGCAUGUUGUAAAUUGCUAAUAUUUAAACCUUCUGCUUGUCUCUCGUUCUCGCGUAGUUUCCUGCCCAUUUUUAGGUCUGUGAACCAGUUUUUCUUGGAUCAGCAGGAAAACAUCAGUUCAGCCAGUGCAAAAUAAGCAUGAUUCAUUCAGUAGCUGCUGCUUAUCAGUGUUAAAGUCAUCGGCCCUCAGAGAGCACGGCUUCCUUUUUCUUUGCUUCCUUUUCAAAGCCCUGAUUGUGCAUCAGAUUAUGCAAAAAAUAAAAAAACUACCAAUCAGGAGACAGAGCCCAUCGGCGAAGUCUGGAUCGCUUUCUUUAAAACUGAAAAAAGUGAGCUGACUUUGAGUAUGUGCUCUCUGAGGGCCUUUCUAGUUUACUUUUAUGUAGUUAUGUGUUGGGUUUAUGGAAGUCCUAAAUUACCAAUAUUAGUAAAGACAGCAAAUUAACUAAUAGAAUUUUUUAAAAAAAUGAACCAAUACAUUAAAGUAAUCUCUGGGCAAAUGGUUUUUUUUCCUCAUUAAAAAUACAUUAAAUAAAAUAUCCAAGAAGCCAAUAGACAAGCUGAUAAUUAGCUGUCAGAAUAAUUUAUUGAAAUGCGUCGUUACUGCCGUCCCCUAAAGAAUUUGGCGGCUGCAGAGGGACGGUGAAUAGUGUUGAUUGGUUAUUGUGCACGCUGUUUUGUUAGCAUUUAUCUCAUGUUGAAGAGAGACUGUUUAUGUGGCAGGGACGGAGUCGUCAGAAACUGCAAAAACUGCAAAUACAAAGCGCCUUGAGGCGACAGUUGAUUUGGCGCUAUAUAAAUAAAAUUGAAUUGAAACUUAUUUAAAUGACUGUAGUUAAAGUCAUGAAGCAUUCAGAACUAGGCUUGUCCUGCAGGCUUCUGUUACACCACAGAGCUCCACCUUCCAAAGGAAAUUCAGGCCAAAAUGACUUCCAGGCAGAGCACAUUCUCUGAUAUCCGAGAAUGUGUUACAGUAUCCGUAUUUGUCAGUUACCUAUUUUUUUUUUUUUUUUUUCCCCAGUGUUAAUUUUCAGUUUUGUCAGAAGAGGAAGGAACUUAUGUUUCUGUUAUCCUGCAAGUCAGUUUAGUCAGAUUUGUCCUGUUACUGGGAAAAGGUGUGAGACUGAGAGCCUGCGGGGUGUGUGUGUGUCAGUGAGCGCCAUCACAGCUGUUUGCUGCUGUUUUUGAUCCUUUUGUCCUCUGAGAGCUAAAGUGAAGUGUUUGACUUUUCAGCUGUCAGUAAAUAAAAAAAUAAACUACAACUGAGAAGAG